UCUACAUAUUUCUAUUCCGUUUGCGAUCGGGAUCAGAGCACCGUAAACCGCACGCAGCCAGCCGAAUCGCUGUUCGUUCAGACUUUUAACUUGAAGAUAAGCGAAGAAUUGGUUCGUUGUUCGACAAAUUAUAUUUGAUCCUUCGAAUCGGCACCUUCUUUCAAGGAAACUUGUCGCAAGACGUCUGCAUUGUUUGAUCUAAGAAAAUGGCUACAUCAAAAUUUACAACUUUGUAUGAAUGGGAUACAGUUCAAAGUGCCGAUUCUACAGAAUGGUGCCCCUUGGCUCCAAGCCAGAGUAUUUUUGUGUGUGGUACUUAUCAAAUUGAAAAAGAAGAUGAUAAGGCCACUGAGAAUAAUGCUCCACCAACAAGCCGCCAUGGAAGAAUUUAUGUGUUUGAACUGUCCAAUACGAAUUCGUUUAAACCUCAUCAAGUCAUUGAUCUCCCCGCUGUUCUAGACAUGAAAUGGUCACAGUCAUAUGUUUGUGGAAGAAUUCUCUUGGGUGUUGUAACUGCCACAGCUAAACUACUGAUAUUUGAAUUAAAGGAAGACAAGACCCUUUUUCAAAUAGCUGAAGCUCCUGUGGAAGGUGUUGAUGACUCAAAAGAAAUUUUAGCUCUUUCACUUGACUGGUCCAAUGCAAAGGAUGCUGGGGUUUCGCAGAGAGAUGUCCAUAUUAUUGUUAGCCACUCACAAGGAGGAGCAAACCUUUUCCUUCUCUCCGAUAAAUUUGAGUUACUGGUAGUAGAUAAAUGUUGGGGGCAUGAAUAUGAGGCUUGGAUAGCUGCUUUCAAUUAUUGGGAGUCCUCUCUCAUAAUGACAGGUGGUGAUGAUUGCAUUCUGAAAGGGUGGGAUGUGCGGAGUGGUCUGAGUUCUCCAAUAUUUGUAAAUAAAUCACACAAUGCUGGAGUUACAAGUCUACAUAGUAAUGCAUUGUUUGAAAACCUGCUCAUAUCUGGAAGUUAUGAUGAGUCAUUACGUGUAUGGGAUAUGAGAAAAAUGAAAAAUCCCCUUCACUCUACUGAGAUGUUUGGAGGAGUGUGGAGAGUUAAAUGGAAUCCCUUCUCCUUUGAUAUGAUUUUAACUGCAUGUAUGCAUGGAGGUUUUAAUGUAGUUAACUGCCUAAACUCAAUUAAAUCUGGAGCUGAGCCUCAAAUCAUAGCAUCAUACAAGAACCAUGAAAGUAUUGCAUAUGGAGCUGAUUGGUCAUACCUCAAUGAAGAAUCCAUCAAAGUUUUGUUUGAUAGCAGUGAGUACGGACAAACCUUGAAUGGUAAAAAUCAUUGUAUAGUGUCAACAUGUUCUUUUUAUGAUCAUAAGUUGUGUAUUUCUCUUUUCUCAAAAUCUGACUCUUGACUU